GACGGCCGCCUUGUCUGGCUUAUUUGCUGCUGCGCAAGGCGCACGAGUGGCCGCUGGGCCGUUUGAUAGGUCUCGCAGCGACGGCGGACGGGUAGCGCGCGCGAGCCGGGCGUGCACCGCCCCGGGACCGCCGAAACGAUCGUUCGCGCUGCACACUAACGAGCGCGCGCCGAAGCGCAAUAAACGAUGGCCGAGCCCGAGGUGAUAAAUCUCGAGCACUCGGACGAGGAGGAGGCGCCCGCCACGACGCCGAGGACGGGCCGGGAUGUCAUCGCCAUCGACGACGACAGCCAGCUCGAGGACAGCCCGGGCGUCGAGAUCAUCGACGUCGACGCGCCGACCCCACCAAGCCCAAGAGGCCAGAAACGCAAAAAGGACGACAAGGCCGCGCCGGCGAUGCGGUCCGGCGCCCGCCCCGCGGCCUCCUUGAACGACGUCGACCAGACCUUCGCUUUGAACGGCGAGCAGGCGACGAGCGCCGUCCGAUCUGUCAUAGACGCGUCCGCCGACGCCGUCAAUAGCUUCCGCGCGUCACGCUCAUCAAAGGAGACGCUCUGGGCGCUGCUCGACGGCGCGCGGCAAGCGAAAAUUGGCCCAGUGCGCCCGGAGGUCGAGGCAACUUUUGCAAAUAAGCUCCCGCGCGCCCUCGUCGCGACGAGCGGCGAGCGCGUCUCUUCCUAUUCCGCUUUGCUGUAUGCCCGUCGAAGACUCGCAGCUCUGGAGGACAAGGCGGCCCACGACGCCUGGUGCGACAACAUUGAAAGCGUAGAUGAGGGCGAGACCUGCGCCGUCUGCAUGGAUACGUUUCGCGAGACGGAUGGCGUGCGGUGUUCGAAGGGCGAUCAUUUCAUGUGUCGCGCGUGUUUUAGGAGGUAUUGUGUCGACGUGGCCUGCGACCGAGGAAGUGGACCGUCGGCCGUGGAGUGCGUCGCGCCGAAGUGCGGCUCCGUCUAUGCUACACGUUCGGUAAGAGACUGCGUGUCGGCGGCGGACGUCAUGGUCAUGGAAGAGCGCGAGCGCGAUAAAAGUUUAAGGCAGGUCCUGGGCGGCGCCGCCGCGGUCCUAAGGUGCCCCUGCGGCACGGUCGGCGCCGUCAGUCACGAAGAUGUGGGCGAUGGUAGGGUGGCGUGCCCCGGCUGCCAGACGGCCUAUUGUGUGCGGUGCGGCAUGGCCGCCCACGAGGGGCCCUGCAAGGACGGAGAAGGCGGUGUGCUCUCGUGGCUCGCAGAAAAGAAAGGAGACGUCAAGCAGUGCCCGAAGUGCGGCGAGGCCAUCGAGAAGGACGCCGGCUGUAAUCACAUGAAGUGCGCGUGCGGCCACGACUUCUGCUGGCUUUGUUUAGGUCCCUUUCCGAACUGCAAGUGCGGGCAUUUUGAAGAGGAGAGCCGUCGCGAGGCGGCGCGGUUGCAGCAGCAAGAUAGAAGGAGGGACCGAUACGGUGGAGGCUACGUCUACGAUCCCUACGGGCCUUUUGGGGGCGGGCCUCCCGGCGGCGACUCGGAUAGAGCAUUGGCUAGAGCCAUGGAGCUCGCGGAGCGCAUGCAGCGGCCGCGGCGGGGCGGGCGCGGGCGCGGUGGGCGCCGGCGGCGGUCUGGCUUCGACGACGGCGACAUGGCGCGGGCGAUGGCCGCGUCGAUGGGCCAGGCGCCGCCCCCCUCAUUUCAGGGGGACGGGCACCGGCUCGGGAGCGGCGGGCCGCCGACGCGGUCCAAGAAGAAGCGCCGAUGAGCGGCGCGGGAAUCGCCACCCCCCCGCCGUCGACGUGGUCUCUCACGCUGAGGUGUAAGUGUUAGUUAAUGAACCAAAAUAUUACACGGCGCAAGCCGUCGACGCGUGAACAAAGCAGCGUCUCGACGCCAUCGACGCGGCGCCC